AUGGAAUCGAAAAAUAUGACAAAUGGUACGAAUUCGAAUGAAGUCCAAUCGCCGCCAGUUAAUUUUAUUUUGGGAGACGAACCUGAAAUAACAGUCGAGGGUCCACCGGAGGAUUUUUCUAAAGAAGAUGAACAUCAUGACGAGAAAGCGGAUUCGUUUCCCUCGGGAUUAAAAUCCAACAGUUUUGAUUCCGGAAGUGGCGGAAGUUUAAAUUAUGCUUUCGGUUUGGGAGAACAAAAAAAACGUUUGAGGUAA